AUGGAUGGUGAUCCCACUUUGGUGUUCAAGCCUGUUUACAAGUCUUUCAAAUUCAAAACCUCAGAAGAGUCUAUAAAAGGACUGAACGUAGAAAAGAAUGCCAAUUUGAAAGACAACAACGUAUUCAUUGCCAACCCUGAUACUACAGAUCCCGAGGUGGUCAAAAGUCCAGAUGCAGAUGAGCAAUGGAAGGCUGCUAUGGACUAUGACUUACCAGAGUUGGUUGUUUUCCUUCAAGAUAGUGGUUACGAGUUUGUUAAGGACAUCUGCAUCGACGAUGGAUCAGUGUCAUCGCAGAAUAAAUGUUUGGAAGAGAACUGUGAUUUGGAUCUUAAAUUUGUCUCUUGCAUGGUGAGCUCUGAUGCCGAAAGCAGCAGCGAAUCAACUGUCGAAUCUGAGGACUCAUCAGAAUCAUCAAACUCAACUGUAUCGAAACAUAUACCCGUGCAAGCGUGGGAGGAGGAUGUAGAGCAUCUGGGGAACUUAACAAUUGAAGAUGGAGAGCACUUUGGGGAAAAAGAUUGUACUGUUCCAACUAGGGCCAUCUGGUCAGAUUCAGUGAUAUUCUCCUCAACUGAUGACAAUAGGCGAAGCAAAGCCGCUCUCGAAACUGCCUUGGAGAAUGCAAGAAGGGGGGAACUAUUUCCGUUAAGUGUAGAGUUUCAGUCUCGAAAUGCAUGCAAAGACGGGAUGUCUGGUAGCCUAGCAGGAUCAAACAAAUCACAACAUGAGGGCAAGAAUGCAAGAAGAAAGGAGGAAGUUCCACAAAGUGAUUCAUCCAAUGAUUGGAUGUCAGUUAGCAUAACAGGAUGUAGUCAAUCACAACAGCAUCGCUGCGAGAAUGCAAGGAGGGAGGUAUGGCGUUUAGAGUGUCAUCCUCAGGAUUCAUCCGAAGAUGAGAUGUCAAAUAGUGUAACAGAAUCAAGUCAGUCACAACAGCAUCUCCGUGGAGAAUCCUGUUCUUCAGUUUCAGGGCCUUUAGCAAGAUACUCAGGAGCCUUAUUAAGUUUUGGUAGCAUCUCUUUCGGAUCAAACAGAAGUACAACUAGCUCUAGGUCUUUUACUUUUCCUAAGUUAUCCACAGAAUGGAUUGGCAGUCCAGUGAGAAUGGUUGAAGCUGAUCCGACACAAUUACGGAGGCAGCGGCGUUGGGGGAUGCGAUAUCUGUGUUGUAGCUUCUGAAUGCUCGUACAAAACUUAUAGGUGUCUUGUUGUAUAUCCUUGAUUGCUCGAUCAUAGUUUGGAUCUUUCAUUAUAAUCAUUCCUUUUCUAAUUUGUCUUUAGUUUAAAUGCUUUAUGAC